UCACGGUAAAAGUGGAACAACAGCGCCCUCUGGAGGCCGGUUCCGUUCAUCAUGGCAGAAAACAACCAGCUCCACAGCAGCCAACUGUCUGUGGAGCUCCAAAAGGAAGUCGCUGCUCAUAUUAGGAGCUUUUAUGCGCAGACCUUGCCCCUUUGUCCGCAGGGGGAGAGCGUCCAUUGCUUAUUUCCGCCCUUAUCAGCAGCCUUUGGGCUCCCACCUCUCGGGCCGGUCGGGGUUUUAUGGGCGGACUUGUUCUGCAGACUUCGGCCCGGUUUCUGUCCCAGUUCCGCUCUGCGCUUUGGAGUCCGGGACAUUGAGCUUUUGUGCAGCCGGAGGAGAGGAAGAUGAACCCCGUCAGCGGAACCAGCAGAGGGAAGACCUUCCUGUUCACGUCCGAGUCUGUGGGACAGGGACACUCCGAUAAAAUGUGUGAUCAGAUCAGUGAUGCUGUCCUGGAUGCGUACUUGAGUCAAGACCCGGACUCCAAAGUGGCGUGUGAGUGCGUGGCAAAGACCGGGAUGAUCCUCCUGGUGGGGGAGGUGACGUCCAGGGCCAUAGUGGACCUCCAGGCGGUGGUCAGAAACACGAUCAGGGACAUCGGCUACGACGACUCCUCCAAAGGUUUCGACUACAAGACCUGCAACGUGCUGGUGGCUCUGGAGCCGCAGUGCGCCGAGAUAUCCGACUGCGUGUUCGAGGGCAGGGACCAGGAGGACAUCGGAGCCGGGGACCAGGGCCUGAUGUUUGGAUACGCCACCGAUGAGACGGAGGAGUGCAUGCCGCUGACCCUCCUGCUGGCCCACAAACUCACCCACCGGAUGAGGGAGCUGUCCCGCAACGGGGAGUGUCCCUGGAUCCGCCCGGACUGCAAGUCGCAGGUGACGGUGGAGUACCAGGACAGCUUCGGCGCCAUGCGGCCGCUGCGCGUUCACACGGUGGUCAUCUCGGUGCAGCACAGCCCGGACGUCUCCCUGGACGAGAUCCGGCGCAGCCUGAUGGAGAAGGUGGUGCGGGCGGUGGUCCCCGAAAAGUACCUGGACGACAAGACCAUCUACCACCUGCUGCCCAGCAGGAAGUUCCUCAUCGGAGGCCCUCAGGGCGAUGCGGGGCUCACCGGGCGUAAAAUCAUCGUGGACACCUACGGCGGCUGGGGGGGGCACGGGGGCGGGGCUUUCUCCGGGAAGGACUACUCCAAAGUGGACCGGUCCGGCGCCUACGCCGCCCGCUGGGUGGCCAAGUCCCUGGUCAAGGCCGGACUCUGUAGACGGGCCCUCGUUCAGAUCUCCUACGCCAUCGGCGUGAGCCACCCGCUGUCCGUCUCCGUCUUCCACUACGGCACGUCCAGCCGGGACGAGGACGAGCUGCUGCGGAUCGUCCAGAACAACUUCGACCUCCGGCCGGGGGUCAUUGUGAGGGAGCUGGGCCUGAAGAGGCCCAUCUACCAGCCCACCGCCUGCUACGGCCACUUCGGACGGCAGGAGUUCCCCUGGGAGCAGCCCAAGCCUCUGGUGCUCUGACCAAGGGCCCAGACUGGAUCCAGACCCAGACCGGACCCAGACCAGACCUGACCUCGUCCCCAGACCGGACCCGAGUCCGACCGGAGCAUCGUAACGUGGAGUUGAACAGUGGAUAAAAAAGUCCUUUCUGUUCUGUUUUAAUUUGGGAGUAAAACGUGAAACAAUCCUCUGUUUACAUUUACUAUUCAUCAGUAAUCGUUAGAAAAAACUGUGAUUUCUAUUUGAUACAACAAGAAAAAAAUGCAUUUUGCAUAAAAACUCUGAAGCACAAUCUUCCUGGGCUUUGUCCAUAAAGGUGAAUUAUUAUGCUCUUUUUACCAGUUUGGUAUUUGGGAGGCUUAUUGAGGCAUAUGAGACAUAAUUAGGUAUUUUUGGGUAGUUUUAGGCCUCAGCUCCGCCCUUUUGGUUCGAUCAGCAGCUCUAUAAAUAGACAAGAAUUUGAUUGAUUUGAACCUGUAAGUUUUAGAAGGACUUCAUCCUCCAUUUGAACCUCAGACUCUGAAGGCUUUAUGGUGGAUGUGUGUGUGUUAUCAGUUGAAAACGUGUUGAACUGGUCUGAGAAAAGGAUGCAGAGCUGGAGAAAUAAACCUGUAGAUGGAGCUGCUGCACCAGACCAGAGACGGCUGAACACCUGCCCUUAAGUUAGCUGUGCCCGAAGGCGUCCUGAGCUCUGGCUGUUGUUUGGUCUGUUCCAGUUAAUAAUCUAAA